AUGGCACAGGAACCACGCUACGAAGUAUAUCGCUUCGACGACCAAAUCAAGUCUUUACAAGAGAAAGCCAUUGUUGAGGUUCUUACUUCGACACCAGCAGAGAAGCGAUUGAGACUAGGUUCAUAUGGCUUGGACAAGUUAUGCGAGGAAUUAAGCGAGGAAGUAAUACGGGGCAUGAAUGGACCUCUCGCCAGAUGGGCAAGCGGCUGUGGUCUAAUCAUCAGCGAUCUUCACAGACCCAGUUUCCGAUCCGAAGCUUUUAGACUGCAGAAGGGAAGCGCACUCUGGCCAGGACAGAAUUCCACUGCACUUCUUGUUCCUUUGAGCAACGGAAAUGCGAAGAUCGAUUUGCUUCCGCGAGGAAGUAACAGCCGUGUCUCUCACGAUUGGGAUCCGCGGACCCUCAUCCACUUGAACGAAAUGGGAUUCGAAUUUCGGGGGAAUGGGAGUGUUCGAUUCAUCUAUAUCCUUUUCCAGACAGCGCCAUGCCCCGAGUAUCACGUCUGGUGA